AAGCAACUUUUUAAAAUGUUUCGUUUUAGUGAUAGUGAUGAACUUGAUGAGACUCUUGGAGACAACAGAGGAAGCAUUUCAAUUCCAGUAAAAUAUGAAAGUGGAUUAAUAUUUAAAAGAGAACCUAGUUCAUAUCACAUCAUAAUUGCUGCAAAUGAUACAAUACCUGCAAUAAUUAAUUCUACUGACAAUAUUGGAGAAGAAAUUAAUAUAAACUAUUUGAUUGAGAAAGGUGAACAUUUCUUACAGCCGCAGCUUGCAAUGCAAAUCUCAUUUCCAAAGAACAUUUCAGAUGAAAAUCAAAUCCUUUACCUCACCAGGAUAUCAUAUUCAGAGAAUGCAAAAUGCCAGUCCAGCCACCCGAGUGAUCUGUUAAAGAUUGAUAUGGGCAAUUCAUUCAAAACAUCAAGAAUACAAAGACCUCUAAAGGAUCCAAACAUAAACUGUGAUGCAUAUGAAUGUGCAUCCAUUAACUGCACUAUGGCUCCAUCCAACAUAACUCAUGUGAAUAUUUCAUUCAGACUCUGGAAACCUACUUUUAUAAAGGCAAAAAUUCACAGUAUAGAGCUCAUUGUGAAAGCAAGUCUAAGGAGUGAAAACUCAUUAAUGAUCUUGAAGAAAGAAAAUGAAAAAAUAGAGACAAUAAUUCAAAUCUCAAAGGAACUUCUUCCUGGCCGCGUACCACUAUGGGUUAUUCUACUGAGUGUGUUUGCCGGACUUCUGAUUCUUACCUUGCUUAUAUUUGCAUUAUGGAAGGCUGGGUUUUUCAACAGGCCCUUAAGAAAGAAAAUGGAGAAAUGAGAAGAAACUUCAGAAAAAGAAAAACUGCAACAGUUCUGCAAUGAUCUGUCCUCAGGCGGCCUUCUGAGAUAGGACUAUAAAACAAAUCCUUGGUUUAACGUAGGAGAGGUCACAAAGUUUUAUGUCAAUCAACACUGUAUGCUGAGCAUUAAAGGAAACAAAAAGAAAAAGAAAACCAACAAAUCAAAGAUAGAAAAGAUAAGCCUGGAAGGAAUUUUUUUUUCUUGUUUAUAGGUGAGCAGGACUGAAAAAUCUGUACAAUCAUUCUGUAUUUGGAACUUUUCAAAUAACUUUUUCCGCAUGGAUGUGCAAACUUUGAUACCAAGGAGUAUUAAAAGCUAGGCAGAGAGCAGAGAGACAAUUUACUCCUCAUAUCCUACCCAAUAUUUUUUAAUAUUGUCACUUAUUUUUAGAGCACAACCCACAGAUUUGUAUCUCAAGCAUAUGCACAUGGAGGUAUAUCCUACUGAACUGAAUUUGAGGAUUUCAGACAGUGUCUGACAUGCAUAAGAGACUUCUGCAAAUUUGAUUUAUCAUCAUUCCUAAAUGGGGAGAAGCCUGUAUUCCAAGAUGGGCAUGCUACUGUUUUGGGAAACAUAUAUCCAGGAGGAAAAACAGCCCCUCAGAAAUUAUCAGAUGCACUUUGAAAUUUCACAGAAGUAUUAUCUACCAAGCAUCGAAUGGAAUUCCCUGCCUUGUCUGUAACUAUGGAAAAAAUUUUACUCAGUGGCUUAAGUCAUGAUUUGUAUGCAGAAUAACCCAAGUUCAUUCCUUGGUAUCUCCAAUUUGAGAGAGGAAAAUAUGCAUCCAGAAAGCUGAAAACCUGAACAUAAUUCUGAACUAGUCAAUACUAUGAUCUGAUUUAAUAUCAGAAAGCUUAUAUUCCUCAUAAAUUAAAAGUGUAUAGAUAAAAGUCUGCACAGGGUCCUCUCUUUAGCUUACAUCUAGAAAAAGAAACUUUUAACCAUUUUAUGCAUGUAAAAAAGGAAUGAAGAAGGAAUGAUUCUGAACCAUCUUUCAUUCCUCCACAAUGUAUAUCCUGAGUAAUGUUUUCAGUUACUGUAUAUUGACCACCAGGAGACAGUGAACAACUAGUUUUCUAAUAAAAAUGAAACCGAUCACAUCCUGCCUCCUGGCGUUCAACGUAACAGGAGAUGACUAACUACCUGCACAAAUAAUUACUAUGUUCUCAUUAUUAAUAACGAAUCCUUGAAAAUAUAUUUGUUUCAUAUUUAGUGGAAAAUAUGGAAAAUGAAGAUUUUCUGAAGGAGUAAACGCAUAGUUCUUUAAUUUAUUUGCAGACAGAACAUGGGUCUCUGUGCAAGUCAUUUACCACAGAGUAAUGCUAAGUUUGCCUCAAGAUUUGUUAGCAGAAAACUCUUUUUCUUUCUUUCUUUUUCUUUUUUCUUUUCUUUCUCUCUCUCUUUUUCCUUCCUUCCUUCCUUCCU